ACUUUUAAGGGUUUGAUGAAUACCCGAAGCAAUGUCGGACCAUUUAUCAGGAGAAAUUUUACUUCAGAAGUCCGGCGAUUCAACAUCACCAGAGGAAUGUCUGAAGUACAUUGUCUCCGCACUAAGACCAUUGGAGAACUACUUUCAGAGAAAUAUAUCACCGAUUUGUUCGUCAGAGGAUGUUUGUAUCAUGAAAAUAAUUUUCAAAAGUUUAAAAAGUCUAUCAAAUCGCGAAUUAAUUGUGGAAUUGCUCAACCUUUUCAGGGAAAACCAUUCGGUUGACUAUCUGAUAAGGUUGUUAAGCACACUAGAAAGUGACGUAACUACGGAAGAUAGUGAGGUCAUCAUCACAACUGUUGUAGAAAUACUGAAACAACUACAGUCAUGUAUGCCAAGUUCUUCAUUGCAAUUACAAGGGUUAAUCUGCGUGCUGGAAAAUACGAUCGAGAAGACAAAGGCUUGUAAGACACUGAAACGGAGAAUAAGCACAAUUAAGGAGGCUAUAAGUAGAUCUAUUGAAAUCCAAAAAAAGAAAGUCACAGCAAAAGAAAAUAUCGAUAGACGACAACCACCAGGAGAUUUCAGAAAUAUACCAAUUUUUCCCAGAAGAGAAGACAUUUAUCCCUCACAGAGACCUUUUUUGCGUAAAGUUAUUAGAGAUGGUCGAUAUGAUGAUUUGGAGCACUAUUUAGACGUUCAGUUUAGGCUUUUUAGAGAAGACUGUAUAUCCCAACUCAGAGACGGAAUACAGGAGUAUAGACAAGAAUACAGUUCUGGAAACCACUUCAUUCACCGUCUCGAAAAUGCCCGGAUUUACAAUGAUGUUAGGAUUCUGUUCAGAGAAACGUCUCUGGACGGAAUUUUACACGCUCUGCAACUGGAUGAGGAAACUUAUGAAAACAUUGACUGGGACAAUACCAAAAGACUGAUCCACGGCUCUCUGGUUUGUCUGUCAUGUGAUAAUUUUGAUACAUUUGCUCUGGCAACUAUUUUGGUAGCAGAUACGAAUGUGUUAAGUGUCAGAGGAAUAUUCAAAGUUAAGAUAAUCCAGGAAAGCAAUGAAUUAAAGGGUGACAUUUUGGGUCGCCUGUUUCAAAUGAUUGAAAGUACAGCUCUUUUUGAAGCCUACAGAUAUGGAUUAGAAAAGCUUAAAACCAUUAGGCCUGGCCAAUUGGCCUUUGAGAAAUAUAUAGUAAAUUGCGAGACUGAUAUUGGACGAGUGGGCUACAUGGAAAAAGAUGUUAUGUACGAUUUUUCGUCAGUUAUUAACAAGUCUUCGGUAAAAAUUGACAGCACAGGCCGAGGUUAUUACGGAAGUAAACGAAUGACGGAUCCUACCAGCUGGCCCUCUGCUGAGGAACUUCACAUGAAUCCCUCUCAGUAUGAAGCAUUCAAAUCUUCCUUGACGAAGGAAUUCUGUAUCAUCCAGGGACCUCCUGGUACCGGAAAGUCUUACCUUGGUCUGCAAAUUGUCAAAUCUUUGUUAGCAAAUACAACGUUUUGGUCUAAAGGUAGAAUUAGUCCAAUAAUUUUGGUUUGUUUUACGAACCACGCAUUGGAUCAAUUUUUAGAGAAUAUACUUAACUCUAUUGACAAAACUUCUUGGGAUAAAAUUGUUCGAGUUGGUGGAAGGUGCAAAAACAAAAUAAGUGAAGACAUUUCACUUCGAAAGAGAAGCAAGAGGACAUUCAAGAAGAGAAGAUUAAUAGAUCUGAAUAGACUACAGUCAAUGAUUUCUCAAUAUACAGAUAUGGAACGGCGAUUACCGUUUACUAUUAUUGAUCACAUCACCUUUAAAAUGCACAUUGCAUUGCCGAGUGGACAGUUUUCGCAAAAGGAAGACAAAUCGAUGUUCAGAUGGUUAAAUGUUGACAAGAGGGGUAUUUUAGACUCAGCACAUAGCGAGAACUUCUGUGAAGGCAAUAAUGAAAUUUUUCAUUAUCUUCGGCUGGAAAAGAAUUUAAACAAAAAUAUUUACGAGGAUGUGUUUUACGACCUAACAUCAAGUGAUGAAGAGAGUGAAGUUCAAGACUUGAGAAUUCGAGAAUCCCCCAGAAUUAAUUUUGGGAUAAAUAUUCUCGAUACUUGGCGUAGUUUUUCAACAGACCAUUUUGUUGCAAGAGACAGAGAAUUCCGUGAUACGUUAAAGCGUGUAAUUGAAUUCAUACUUAGAAAUAUGAAUUCAGAAGAUAUCAUUCCUACUGAUGAGGCUGUUGUUUUUGAGAAACAAAACAUAUGGGAAUUACCCAUUUCGAUCAGAUGGAAAUUGUACAGAUAUUGGAAAAAUCAAUUUUAUCAAAGACUGUUCAUCAAAAUUGAAAGAUAUGAAGCAUUUAAAGAUGACAUCAUCCAAGGUUAUAAACAGGAAAAAUUUGAAAAUGAAUAUACUGCUCUCAGGAGUGCCUCUCUUAUUGCUAUGACCACAACUGGAGCUGCUAAAUACCAUAGAAUGUUACAAUUGCUCCAGCCUCGUAUUACUAUUAUUGAUGAAGCUGCAGAGGUUCUGGAGGCCCACAUUUUGGCUUCACUUACGUCGUCAUGCCAACAUUUAAUACUUAUUGGUGAUCACAAACAACUUGAACCAAAGCCAGCAGUUUAUGAACUUGCUCAGAAGUAUCACAUGUCUCUAUCAUUCUUUGAGAGGAUGAUUCGUAAUGGAGUACCCUAUCAUUGCUUGUUAAAGCAACACAGAAUGAGACCAGAUAUUUCUUUGUUAGUAAAGCAAAUUUACCCAGGUCUGCACGAUGGUGAAAAUGUUGAACAAUAUGAAAGUAUUAGUGGAAUCGGAAAAGACGUUUUCUUCUUGAGUCACUCCUUCGAAGAACACUAUCAAGACGAGGGGAGAAGCUACGAAAAUGUGUAUGAAGCUGAAUUUACCACAAGACUCUGCAAGUAUUUACUUUUUCAAGGUUAUAAGUCCUCUCAAAUUACUAUACUGACACCCUAUUCGGGACAGUUACGAUGCCUGUCCAAAUUUGUAGACAGUUCGAUCAAGGACAUACGGAUCUGCAUAGUCGACAACUACCAAGGCGAAGAAAAUGACAUUAUUUUGUUGUCAUUGGUUAGAAGCAAUAAAAUGGGUAAAUUGGGAUUUUUGGACAAGGAAAAUAGAGUGUGCGUUGCCUUGUCAAGGGCAAGAAAAGGGCUUUUUGUCAUUGGAAAUUUCGAUAUGAUGAGUACAAAAGCAAAGGCCACAAAACUUUGGAAAAUUGUCUUAGCUAAUCUUAAGGUGAAGGGAUGUUUUGGAGCAGAACUUCCACUGUUUUGUCAGAACCACCCAGAACGAAGAAUUCAAGCGAGAAGUGCAUCUGAUUUUGAUAGUUGUCCAGAGGGAGGAUGCGAAACCAAGUGUGACGCUAGACUACCAUGUGGUCAUGCUUGCAGAAGAUAUUGUCAUCCAGAUGAUCAAAACCACGAGUCAAGCUCUUGUUAUGGGCAAUGUCUUAGUACUUGUUCCGCUGGACACCCAUGUUCCCAACCUUGCCAUUUUCCAAACCCAUGUGAAUGCAAGGAAAUGGUAUAUAAAGAAUUUGAAUGUGGGCAUGAGAACAUGAUUGAGUGUUACCUGGAAACGAACCAAAAACAAUGUGAAAAGAUCGUUACAAAGUAUUUCACUUAUUGUGAACACAGUAUAGAAGUUCCUUGUCAUGAAGCAGUAGACAACUACAAUUGUGCAAAAAUAGUUAAACGCGAGUUGUUUUGCGGGCACACGGCAUCAGUUCAGUGUCAUAUCGGUCUUUCACGAGCUAACUGUGUAGAACGUAUAGAGAAGACAUGGUCAUGCGGUCAUUCAUCUAUGGUAAAAUGCGCAUAUUUUGAUGGUGCAGAAUGUGCCGAAAACGUUCUUCGGAAGUUAAAAUGUGGACAUGAAAAUUGGAUGGAAUGUCGUGUAAACCCAAAGUAUUUUGUUUGUAAGCAAAUGGUGGAAAAAGUCUUUCAGAAAUGUGGGCAUAAGAAACUAGUUCCAUGUCAUGAAGAUAUCGUGAGGAAACCUUGUACAGAGGUUGUACUUCUCAAGAGAAAAUGUGGACAUGAAGACAUGUCGAAUUGUUAUAAUAUUGAAACUGAUAGAAUGAAAAAAUGUGAAUCAUUAUGUGGGCAACUAUGUAAAAGGGAUCACACAUGCAGGAGACUUUGUCACUUUCCAGAGGACUGUGAGUGCAAACAACCAGUACAAAAAUAUAUUACAAAAUGCGGCCAUACUGCUACUAUGGAUUGCUUCCAGGAUCCAGAUAAUUUUAACUGCACUGAAUUAAUUACAAAAGAGGUGCCUAUAUGUAGGCACAAAGUAAAAGUAGAAUGUUUCAGUACUAUUGAAAACUUUAAAUGUCAUGAAAAGGUGAGAAAAUUUAGGGAAUCUUGUGGUCAUGGUAUCAUUACAGAAUGUUACAAAGACCCAGAAAUCUCUUCCUGUAAUGAGCUAAUAUCAAAAAGGUUGAAUUGUGGCCAUGAUUGUGAUGUGGUGUGUGGUGAAGAAAUUUCGGAUAUCCAGUGUAUGAAGAAAGUGACUAAGUACCUCUCUUGUGAACAUGAAAUUGAGGUUUUUUGCCAUGAAAAAGAUCUCGAAAACUUUGCUUGUUUGGAAAAAUUAGAAUAUGUAUUAGAGUGUGGACACUUCUAUCCGCUUUUAUGCAGUGAGUACCAAAGGGCUGAGAUGCUUGAAAAUAUUGAGUGUAUCGAGACAGUUCAAACAAAACUGACUUGUGGGCAUAUUUGUUCUCAUCCUUGUGGCUUGUCCCAAGAGGAGGUAAAAUGUGAAUCAAGAUGUAGUGUUACCUUAACCUGUGGACAUACAUGCGCGGGCUACUGUCAGGAUUGUCAGAAAAGCGAGUUUCACGAGAGAUGUCCUGAGUGUUGUAGUAAGCAGUUACUUUGUAGUCAUGAUUGUAGUAGUGAGCUAUGUGAAAGUUGUCGAGUCUGUCACAGGGAGUGCGAAAAUUACUGUGAUCAUGCAGGUUGUGGCAAACGUUGUUUUGAAAUCUGCGACUUGUGCAUAUUGCCAUGCAGCUGGAAGUGCCCUCAUCAUCGAUGUUCAUUGCUAUGCCACGAAAUCUGUGAUCGACCUCGCUGUUCAUUCUCAUGUACAAAGAAGUUAAAAUGCCAACACAACUGCUUAGGAUUUUGCGGUGAGCCAUGUCCACCUUAUUGUUCUCAGUGUGAUUCACAAAUAUCAGAAAAAAGCAUGGGCAGUCUAGAAGUGAAUUCGCGCCUUGUAUACCUCCCAUAUUGUAGACACUACUUUGAAUCCAAUUUUCUAGAUAAUUUUAUUGUACAAAUGAGACCAAAUGACUCUCUCAUGAGCCUGUCUUGUCCAACAUGCGGUAAACAAAUUACCUGGCAUCCGAGAUACAAUAAAAUCAUAAAGCUACAGAGAAAAAGAAUGAACCUGGCAAAGGCGAUCACGGUGUAUAUGACUGAAGUCAAAUCGUGCGAGUUUCUUCCGCUCUUUUCUCCAAGCUUUUUAAAAUGCCAAGAAUUUCUUGAAGAUUGUAAACGAUAUUUAGAGUCAGUAUUUGAAAAUCUUCAUGAAAACAAACUGACAAUAUUUGUCAAUAAAACUUUAGAUCAGAUCGACACUGUUAGUAAUGCAACAAGACCGUCAUUUGAUCAGUACAAAUCAAUUUAUGAUGCCACGUACAGAGUGUCUCAAGAAUGGCAGAAGAUCAUAAUAGAAAAAGACAACUCACUUCCUCAAAGUCUUGAGGUGACAACUGAUAAAUCUAGGGAUGAAUCUAAGCAGCUCGUUGGUGAGUUUAAUAUUUGUGGAGAUGUCGGGCAAAUGAUGGGAAGAACAGUUUCUUUACCGUCUAUAAUACUUAUGGCCGAUCCACAUGCUGAAAACUGGAAAAUCUGCAAAGAAGGGCAUCCAUAUUGCUGUAUAUCUAAUUACGGAUCGUGCAUAAUAUGCAAACAAUGGGAGGAUAAUCGCUACUUUAAGAGGCUAUCAGAGUAUUUGUCCUCUAUCUCUACGGUGGAUCUGAUUGCUGACUGUAAAAUGCCAAUCAGAAAAUCUAAAGAAAGCACAGUUGGUACCGAAGGAAAACAAACAGCUGGUCACAAGUCAGAGAUGGAUACAGAGAAAACCGGAGCGCGACCGAAAGACACGAAAAGUGGUGCUACAAAGAGUCAGGGUGACAAAGAAACCGAGACUAAAGCAGAGAACAGCAAAUCUAGGAAAGGGGAAAAGUCCAAAGAAAAGCCAGCACCAAAGUGGAAAAAGAAACCGCCUAAAAAGUGGUGGGAAGAAAAACUAUGAAAAUAUUCUUAAAUGAAGAAUCAUUUUGCAAUUAUAAGAUUUGGAUAUUUUUUGGCCCAUGACAUACGUAAAUUUCAGAAAAAGAUAAAAUCUUUCAUAAUAUUAUAAUUAUUGUACAAUACAGAGGGCUCACGGCGGAUGUGACCUAUCGAUAGGGGAUGCGUAAUCCUCCUCGGCACCACAUCCCGUUUCUUGUGUUUUCAAUGUUCCUUGUUCUUGUCCUGUUCACAAUUUAUAU